AUGACUGCAGUUCAGCUUGCCGUUGGGACAUUCACUCUUUUAGCAAUCCUUCCAUUGGAUGUUAUGCAUACAUUAGGUAAUCUUACGACCAACAUGAGUCUCAGCAAAGUUUCUGUUUCGUUUUCUCACACAAUCAAGGCAAUGGAACCGUUAUUUACAGUUGUACUAUCUACUAUGUUUCUAGGAGAGAUCCCAACAACAUGGGUAUUGAGUUCGCUUGUACCAAUUGUUGGUGGAGUGAUACUUGCAUCCUUGACUGAGAGAUUUGAUUUUAUAUGGCAGGAUCUAAGAGCGUUUGGGAAGGAAAAAGGGUGGUGCCCAUACUUUCUAGCACGACAUAUGGUGCAAUUUGCAAACGUGGUGGUUUAUAGUUACCAGUAUUUACUUGAUCCUAAGGUAGCUGGGAUUAUAUCAAAGGAAAUGCAGAGAGAAUCUGUCGUGGUGUUUGAUGAGGCUCAUAAUAUUGAUAAUUUCUGCAUUGAGGCACUGAGUGUUAGUGUAAGGAAGCAGACAAUUGAAGGUGCAACUCGAAAUAUCAAUAAGAUGCCUCAGGAGAUUAACAGGUUUAAGGCCACUGAUGCUGGUAGAUUGCGUGCUGAAUAUAAUCGCGUUGUUGAUGGUUUAGCACAAAGAGGAAACUUGCCAACUGGUGACACGUGGCUUGCAAAUCCUGCUUUACCUGAUGACAUUUUAAAGGAAGCAGUACCAGGAAACAUACGGCGAGCAGAGCAUUUUUUGUCUGUUUUAUGCAGAUUAGUUCAGUACUUAAAAGGGAGUUUGGAUACAGAUAUCGUUGAAAAAGAGGGCCCGCUUACGUUUGUUAAUGCUGUGAAUUCAGAUGUUGGAAUUGACCAAAAAAUGCUGAAAUUCUGCUAUGAUCGUUUGCACUCACUUAUGCUAACUUUGGAAAUUACUGAUACCGAUGAAUUUUUGCAUAUUCAAAUGAUUUGCGACUUUGCAACACUUGUGGGGACAUACACCAGAGGUUUUUCAAUCAUAAUGGAUCCAGUUUUGCAGCUCAGCUGCCAUGAUGCUUCUCUUGCAAUAAAACCCAUAUUCGACAGAUUUCACUCAGUUGUGAUCACAUCUGGAACCCUAAGUCCAAUCGACCUCUAUCCUCGACUUCUUAAUUUCAAUCCCGUGGUUAGUCAGUUUACCAUGUCGUUAACAAGGGAUUGCAUAUGCCCCAUGGUUCUCGGUUCUCUCACGGGGAAGCCAUCAGCUUCCAGUUUUAGCACAAAAUUUGAUUUGAGAAGUGAUCCUGGAGUUGAAAGAAAUUACGGAAGGCUUUUACUGGAAAUGGUUUGGAAUGAAACAGGAAUCUUGAAGGUGAGCGCUGCUUUUUUACAAAAUUGACCAAAAUUUCCGAUGGGGUCCCUAGCUUUCCAAAAGUGCACGGAUGGUCCCUGUGGUUUGCACUUAAUAACGCAUUUAGCCUCCAACUUUUGCCAAAACUACACGAAUGGCCCCUGUGGUUUUAGUAACACAUUUAGUCUCCAACUUUUGC